AUGGUAAUGACCAAGAGCAGCAAGAUGCUUAAUUACAUUAACUACCGCAUGAAGGUGACAUUACAGGACUCACGUGUGCUCAUUGGCUACUUUAUGGCCUUUGAUAAGCACAUGAACCUGGUGCUGGGCGACUGCGAGGAGUUUCGCACACUUAAGGCCAAAAUCAAGUCAGCAGUGUCAGAGGAGCGUGUGGAGAAGCGUCAUUUGGGGCUCGUGUUGUUACGUGGUGAGAGCGUCGUGUCACUUACGGUAGAGGGUCCGCCUCUUGCCAAGGAGAACGAGACUGUUGGACCGAAUGGUCCAGGUAUGGCGCGUGCGGCAGGACGUGGUAUCCCAGCGGCAUUGAUGGGUGGUCCACCCAUGGGACUAAUGGCCCCUAUGCGUGGAAUUGGUGGUCUUGCACCAGGAAUGAUGCAGCCAGGACAAGUGGCGGCGAUGGCACAGCCGCAGGCUUAUGGCCGAGGUCGCGGCAUGCCUGGACCUCCCAGUGGCUUGAUGCCACCACCUAGACCCAUGCCAGGCAUGGGAAUGCCACCUCCGGGUAUGGGCCCGCCCCCCGGAAUGGGAAUGGGACCACCGCCAGGAGUGAUGCAUCCACCGGGAAUGCGUGGGCCCCCGGGUCCACCGCCUGGUAUGCGUGGCCCACCGGGGCAGUAG